UGUGCUGAUAAGUUUUUACUUAGCAACGACACUGAGCAAAUCCAGGGUGCAAUGAACACAUUGGAUGGCAUUAUUGAUACUGUUUCGGCAGUCCAUCCACUUUUGCCAUUGCUUGGUAUGUUAAAGACUAAUGGAAAGCUUGUUAUGGUUGGUGCAGUUGGAAAACCACUUGAAUUGCCAGUAUAUCCUAUAGUUGAGGGGAAGGAAGUUGUUGCUGGGAGUUGCUUAGGAGGAAUGAAAGAAACUCAAGAAAUGUUAGAUUUUGCAUCAAAGCAUAACAUAACACUAGAUAUUGAAGUUGUCCCAAUAGACUAUGUCAAUACUGCCAUGGACCGCCGUCAUAAUUCCGAUGUGAAGUAUCGAUUUAUGCUCGAUAUUGAGCCAAACUAUUGA